CGCAGGAGAUUGACAGCUCAUCUGUGCCCCUCUUCUGCUUGGUUUCCGGUGAGAUUGGUAUAUGACAUCAUAUGGUAGAUUUGAACUUGAAUUUUGGAAUCAGACCUGGGUUUGUAUCCCACAUGGAUCAUUUACCAGUGCCAAUGAAAACACAAUCCUCCUAUCAAGAAGCGGAGUCCACUUCCCCAUGCCUUGAGUCUGGGGUGCCUGUGACUUGCUUAGACCAACAGAAGGUGGCAGAAGUGACAUUGCAUGAUUUCCAAGCCCAGGCCCUGAGCAGCCUUGCCUUCUUGGCAUGCUGCUCCAGAACUGCAUGGAAAGAAACCCAGCCUCCCUGAGAGACCUCUAGCAAGAGAAGUCCAGACCUCCCCUCUGAGCCCGGCGGCCAGCUCGCCCUCUGCUGAAUGCCUCCAUGUGAGUGAGCCAGCAGGACCAGCAGAAGGACUGCCCGGCCAACCCACAGAAAGGUCAGGAAGGAGAAUGAUGGUUUUAAGCUCCUCUUUGGGGUUGGUUUGUUAUUCAGCAGUGUGGAACUGAAACAGUGAAGUAAGAGAGUAAGAGAAAGAGUAAGAGAAAGAGUAAGAGAAAGUAAGUAAGAGUAAGAGACUGAAGCCGUGGGUGGUAGGGAGGGCAGCAAGGGGUUCGGACUGCAGCCAGCUGAUUUUCAGAGGUUUGUGAGCAAGUACUUGGUUAGGGUCUGCUAAAGGAGCAGGCACACACUUCUCCCUCAAUUAGCUGUUUUCAGUGCCUUUAUCAACUUGUGUGAACUAACCUACAGCAGACCUGAACUUAAGUGACCCCUGACUGGCCAGUAAGAAACUGCAUGAAUUGAGGCAGAGGAGUGGGCUGCCUCCCACCUUCCCUAACUCUCCCCUCCUUCAGAGGGCUUUGCUUCCUGAGGACCUAUCUGAGGAGGUCCUGGCCUGUGACCAUCCUUAGAGACAUAGCACAGGCAGUAAGAAGACAGAGCCUGAAGGCAUGCAUUCUUUCACAGUUUGUGUUGUUUUUUGUUUUGGGGUUUUUUUUUUUUUGUGUGGUACGCGGGCCUCUCACUGUUGUGGCCCCUCCCGUUGUGGAGCACAGGCUCUGGACACACAGGCCCAGCGGCCAUGGCCCACGGGCAGAGCUGCUCCGCGGCAUGUGGGAUCCUCCUGGACCGUGGCAUGAACCUGUGUCCGCUGCAUCAGCAGGCAGACUCUCAACCACUGCACCACCAGGGAAGCCCUGUGUUGGUUUUUCUUCUCAGUCUGGGAGGUGCUGCCAUGUGGGAAAACUUCCCCACCCGUAGCAGCAUGCAUCUGCCUGCCUGCCUGCUCUCUGUUGCCAGGGCGUGGUCUGUUGGACCUGUCAGGAUGUUGGGCAUCCUAGGCUGGGUUGCAAGACAGGGCAGGCAGAAGGCUGGAGACAGAGAAAGGGGGCUGGGGGAGCAGGGGAGCAGAAAGAAGCAGCUGGUCUUCAGUGUGAAGUGGGGAGCAAAUUCACCCCAGGAUACCAGGGACACGUAGGCAGUGGGCGGGCAGCUGCUCUGUGAACAGGGAGAGGGUGAUUGAGGCUUGGCCAGAUGGACAUGAAAGGAAAGCAGUAACAGACCCCAGGUAACACACCGCAUUUUCUGUAAUGCUCUAAGCAGGCAGGAGUGCCCUGGGGCUUGGAUAGUUUAAAAGCACCACAUUCCUGGCUUCAGCAAAGCUUAAAGCAUGGCCUAGGUCAGGGAGCCAUUUUAAGUUCUGGCUUCUCUGGGAUUUUUAAGUGACCCGUGACCCGUGAUUGUCUAGUAAGAAGCUGCAUGAACUGAGGCAGAGGAGUGCAUUGCUCACUGACAGAGCCGAGCCUCCCACCUUACCUACCUCCCCCCUCCUCCUUCCAGGGGGUUUUGCAACUAAGGACCUAUCUGAGGAGGUCCUGGCCUAUGACCACCAUUGACAGCAGAGACAUAGCACAGGCAGUAAGGAGAGGGAGGCUGAAGACACAUGUUCUUUCACAGUUUGUGUUGAUUUUUCUUGGUUGAUCGCUGGUAGAGAAAGCAUAAGUGACUGUAUUAUAUGAUCUCAUAUAAUACAGGGAGGCAGUGUAGGUGUGGCCGGGAAUGUGCUUUCUGGAAUCAGAAUGGCAGGAUUUGAACCCAGGACCCGCCACUUACUAGCUCUGUGUCUUUGGAUAAAUUAACUAACUCCUCUGGGCCUCAAUUUCCUCACUUGCAAAAUGGAGCUAAGAAUAAUGCUGUCAAAUGCUGCUCCCCAGAGCACCACCAAAGAGCUUGUGGACAAAGCAAAGCUGAGUUUAUAGCUCACUGAGAUAAGGGAGAUCCCUACCUCAGCAGAGUUUUAGAAGCGUCUAGUAAAGACAGGGCAGUGGUGGGGUAUUUAUAGGUUUUCGGCUUGUUUAGGAUUGUGCAAGGGCUUGACAGACACAGCAAGGUGAGGGUUUCCAAAUGAGUCUUUGAGAAUUGAUGAGACCAGUGGAGUACUUUCAUGACAAUAACAAAAGUUGUAUGUAACUUCAUCUUCCUGGGCAAGAGUUUCCAAAAACCUAUUACUGAAGGCUGUGGGUAAAAGUCAUGCUAAUGUAGACAGUGAUCUGUGUAGGCACAGAUGGUUUAGGUUCAAGUUCUCCCAUUUACCUCCAGCACUGCUGUGAGGAUUAAAUGAGACAAUGGAUGAAGUGCUCUAAGUAUAGUCAUAGCACUUGAUAAAUGUUCAGUGAUUAUUGCUAUUAGUGCAUUAUUUUCCAGUCCAACCCCCAUUUCUCUUGCCAGUUUGCUAGUGCAUAAAAUUCCAUCUCCAGAAUUGUUUUCUCAUAACCUAAGGCUUUAUCCCUUUUUAAAAUGUAAACACAGGCAGAAAGGGUACCUCACUAAACCUAAUCAGGCAUUUACACCUCAGCAUGGAGGAGUUUAUAAAAUCCUAAACAGGAAGCCUGGAAGCUUAGAAUAUAAGCUUUACUAAUCCCUUAGGAGAAAUGGCCCCAUACAUCCCUAAGCUGUUCUUGAGGAGCCUUGCACGUGCCCAAUUACAUGCAAGACUAAGGACAGUAACACUAGGUCCAGAACAUCUGAAUUUCCCCCUUUCAAUCUGGUGUCAGGCUGCUCCCAUCUAGUAAGAUGCUCUUACCUCCUUGGCAUUUGUGCUUGCCCAGGGUUCUCCAGAACCAGUAGGGGAUUUUCUCCCUCCCUCCCUCCCUCCCUCCCUUCCUUCCUUCCUUCCUCCCUCUCUCACUUUUUGUCUCUUUCUUUUCUUUCAUCCUAUCUAUCUAUCUAAAUGGGAUUUAUUAUGAGGAAUCAGCUCACAAGAUUAUGGAGGCUGAGAAAGACCCAUGAUCUGCCGUCUGCAAGCUGGAGACCCAGCAAAGCCAGUGGUGUAAUUCAUUUGGGGUCUGAAGGCCUGAGACCCAGAGGAGCUGAUGAUAUAAAUCCCAGUCUGGGGGCUUGACAUGAUGAGAUGAGAUGUCCGAACUCUAGCAGUGAGCCUUGACCAGCUUUGAGGACAGCUCUGGAGCGCUCCUGUGGGGUCGUGAUGGUCACAUCCCCGCCGCUACAUCGUAAGACUUCCGUUCCUAGUCACUGCCAGCUAUUACAUUUUGGGCCACCUUUGGAGACUUUGGAUACCUCUGAACACAGUUCACCAGAACAGUAUCAAGGAGUGCAACGUGCAAAGAAGUAGAAAGAAAAAGGAAAGACCCCUUCUUAUCGUCAGACCAGACUUUCAUGUGCUUUUGUGGAAUAAGUAUUUUGUACCAGGACUGGACAACAAAGUGGGUUCCUGAUGAGAGAAGAUGAAAGGAAUGACCGCGUUGGCCAGGAUGGGGAUAUCAAAGGCUUUCUCUUCCCUCUGGCCAGCUGCUCAGCUCCUUGGAGCAAAACAACCCGUCUGUCUGGGAUUUGUGUUAGACCUGAUCCUGCUGUGGCUUUUCCUCAGACUGUAAAGUCAUCAUACGAGUUAUCUAUUUCUGUGUAACAAGCUAACCUACAGCUCAGUGGCUUAAAAUUAGGGUCCUGGAAGCAAUCACCCAAGGAUCCCAAGGGACAGCUGUACACAGGAUCAGCUCUGGCACCACUCACAGGGACAACGAGAGAAGAACUCUGGAAGGGAGACUGAUCAGAGACUAGCAACUUCCGAAAACUUCUGGCAAGAACACAGAAAAUUGCAGAGGCCUGUGGAGUGGAGGAAACCCACCCAGACAAGAAAGGGCAGGGAAGUAACAAGCAGAAGCAUGUGGAUCUGCCCCUUGAAGGAGAAAUGGGCGGAGUCAAGACGGUGGACUAGGAAGACGCAUAAUUCGUGUCUCCACACAACUAGGGCACCUACAAGGCACUGGUGGGGGACCAUGGACGACUAAGGGAACGGGAGGAACCUCCAGUGACCGGAUGAACUGGGCUGUGAGCUGUACUUUCUUUGACCUGUGAGAUUUUUGGAGGCUCCUUGAAUCUUGUUCAAACAUGAACCUGGCAAACUCCAUGUCCUAAUUCAAAGCGUCCUGACUGAACUCAGUGGAACUCCAGCUAAGGAAUUAAGUUGGCUCAGGACAAUUAAAACUGCUCCAGUGCAAGUAUUUCUGCUUCCAAGACAGCAGCCGCAUCAAAUUUCAUGACAUGGCCUCAGAAGUCACGCAGCAUCUCUUCUGCCACAUUCCAUGGCUUACAAAAGGAGCUUCUUUUGACGUGGUUUCUGAAAGUAUGAAUGGAAGAGCAGGGCCCAAUCCCAGAUUCUUCUCUGGAGGAAGUGGUACUUUGCAGCAAAGAAGAAAAAGGAGACAACUGGCUGGUCCAGUGGCACAAGGAACUAUCCCCAAAGAAUCACUCUGAGAAGACCUAGUAAUUUCCUAAAGACUGAGUUCAGAGAAUGGACCCCUGAAAUACAAAGCAGCAUACCUGGAGGGGGAGUCAUGAUCACCUGAGCUGGUCAGAACACCGUUAUGGCCACCCAGGUAAUGGGGCAGUCUUCCGGAGGAGGAGGUCUGUUCACCGGCAGUGGCACCAUGGGCAUGGCCUUGCCUAACGACAUGUAUGACUUGCCUGAUCUCUCCAGAGCUGAACUGGCUGCGCCUCAGCUCAUCAUGUUGGCAAAUGUGGCCUUAACUGGGGAAGUAAACGGCGGCUGCUGUGAUUACCUGGUUGGCGAAGAAAGACAGAUGGCAGAAUUGAUGCCUGUUGGGGAUAACAACUUUUCAGAUAGUGACGGAGAAGGACUUGAGGAGUCUCCUGAGGUAAAAGGCGAGCCCAGUGGGCUGGAAAACAUGGAACUGGAGAGUUUGGAACUCAGUGUUGUGCAACCGCGGCCUGUGUUUGAGGUGUCAGCUGCCUCAGAACCGUACAGCGCAAAUAAAGAUCUUCCUCGGGAAACACCUGUAGCAGAGGACAAAUGCAAGAACUUGAAGACCAAGCCCUUUCGCUGUAAACCAUGCCAGUAUGAAGCAGAAUCUGAAGAACAGUUUGUGCAUCACAUCCGAGUUCAUAGUGCCAAGAAAUUUUUUGUGGAGGAAAGUGCAGAGAAGCAAGCCAAAGCCAGGGAAUGUGGCGCUUCCACCGGGGAAGAGGGAGAUUUCUCCAAGGGCCCCAUUCGCUGUGACCGCUGCGGCUACAAUACCAAUCGCUAUGAUCACUAUACUGCUCACCUGAAACACCACACCCGAGCCGGGGACAAUGAGCGAGUCUACAAGUGCAUCAUUUGCACGUACACCACAGUAAGCGAAUAUCACUGGAGGAAACACUUGAGAAACCAUUUUCCAAGGAAAGUAUACACAUGUGGAAAAUGCAACUAUUUUUCAGACAGAAAAAACAAUUAUGUUCAGCAUGUUCGAACUCAUACAGGAGAACGUCCGUAUAAAUGUGAACUUUGUCCUUACUCAAGUUCUCAGAAGACUCAUUUAACCAGACAUAUGCGUACUCAUUCAGGUGAGAAGCCAUUUAAGUGUGACCAGUGCAGUUAUGUGGCCUCUAAUCAACAUGAAGUAACCCGUCACGCAAGACAGGUUCACAAUGGGCCUAAACCUCUUAACUGCCCACACUGUGACUACAAAACAGCAGAUAGAAGUAACUUCAAAAAACACGUGGAGCUACAUGUUAAUCCACGGCAGUUCAACUGCCCUGUAUGCGAGUACGCAGCUUCCAAGAAGUGUAAUCUGCAGUAUCAUUUCAAAUCUAAGCAUCCUACUUGUCCUAAUAAGACCAUGGAUGUCUCAAAAGUGAAGCUAAAGAAAACCAAAAAGCGAGAGGCCGACUUGCCUGAUAACAAAAUCACCAAUGAGAAAACAGAAACAGAGCAGACAAAAAUGAAGGGGGAUGUGACUGGGAAGAAAAACGAGAGGUCUGUAAAAGUGGAGAAAAAAGAUAAUGUUUCAAAAGAGAAAAAGCCUUGUAGUAAUGCCUCAAGCCAAGUGACUACGAGAACUCGCAAAUCGGCACUGGAAGCUAAAGAGAUGGAUGUGCACCCAGGAAAUAAUGCAGAAAAAAGCUGUAAAAGCAAGAAAAGCAAAAGGAAGACAGAAGCUGAAGCCCGUUCCUUACAAGAACGUGUGAAUGAUGAGGAACCUGUGACAAAAAAGAAAAAGAAGGCAGAAAGCAAAUCCAGAAAUAGUCAGGAAGUGCCGAAGGGUGACAGCAAACUAGAGGAGAAUAAAAAGCAAAGUAGUUGCAUGAAAAACAGUGUAAAGAAGAAAACUCUGAGAAGUAAAUCAUGUAAAAAAAGCGGCAAGCCUGCUCAGAGGAGGCCCACUCAGAUAGAGCCUCCUCCUCCCAUGGAGUCUGCUGAGGGGGGGCCUGUUCAGACGGAGCCUCCUCCCGCCGCCCCCCCAUCUCCUCCUCCUCCCCUUGCCCCCGAGCGGCAUGCUGAGGUCGAGGUUGUUCAGAUGGAGCGGCCGCCUCCUCCUCCCCCUCCCCCCCCAUCCCCUCCUCCACCUCUUCCCCCCGGGGGGCAUGCUGAGGUCGAGGUUGUUCAGAAGGGGCCUGUUCAUGCGGAGCCUCCUCCUCCCGUGGAGCCGAUCCCCAAAAGGUCUCCUCACAAAGAUAAUGGCAAGGAAAAGACCAACAUGCAGAGUGAAAUGGCGCAGAAGGAGCAAGUCCUUAUUGAAGUUGGCUUAGUGCCUGUUAAAGACAGGCAGGUUCUAAAGGAAAGUGCCGGUGCACAGGAUCUCUUACCACCAUCACCACCUCUGCCAAAGGAAGACUUAAAAGAGGAAGAGUCAGAAGACCAAAAAUUAGUCCCUGCAGGGGAAGGACAUAAAGAAGCUCCUCUUCAAAAAGUGGAAGCAGAAGAGGCAGAUAAGAGUCUAGCUGGUCUUGCUGCUGUUACCAAGGCAUCUGCCAGUAUUUCAUCCUCUGAACAAAACUUGAAUAUGCCAGAGGGUGAAACUUCAGAUGGUAAACGUCAGGCUGACGCUAUGCUUUGUGAAAUGAAGAUGGACGCUGAUGAGAAGAAAACAGAGAAUCCCCCCGGCAGAGACUCGGCGGUUGAAGAACCAGCUUCACCACCACUUCUUCCUCUACCGCUAGAAAAAUGUGAAGCAGUGUCCACAGCUACUGUGGCAUCACCUCCUGUCACCGUGGCAGUAAAUGAGUCUCAGGAAAUGGAUGAAGACGAAGGCAUCCACAGUCAUGAUGGAAGUGACCUAAGUGACAACAUGUCAGAGGAUAGUGAUGACUCUGGAUUGAAUGGGGCUCGACCAGUUCCACAAGAGACUAGUAGAAAAAAUGGAAAGGAAGCCUUGGCAGUCAAAGUGGCCGAGGGAGAUUUUGUUUGUAUCUUCUGUGAUCGUUCUUUUAGAAAGGAAAAAGAUUACAGCAAACACCUCAAUCGCCAUUUGGUUAAUGUAUACUUCCUUGAAGAGGCAGCUCAAGGGCAGGAGUAAAUAAACUUUGGGCAAGGCUUCAGUUCUUAGUUUGUAAGGUCUGUGACAUUUUGUAUUCAUUUGUAGUAGUAGACAGCCUUUUGUUUUUUAAAAAUUGCUUUAAUUAGUAUCCAAUCUUGAUUUUUAAGUGGCAUUCUUUUCCUUAGGAAUCCGUGUACCUAAUGAUGUACAAAUUUUAGCAAAUCCAAGGGAGUUAGUGUAAUAAACCAGCUAAAUCUAUUAGCUUUUGCUUUUAAUUGAACCAAGAGGGCCAAGGUGGUAUUAGAGCAUUCUGUCGAUUUGUUCAACUAUAACUAUUGAGUUUUUUCCCCAUGUCUACUCCUGUUUCACUUUAGUUUAUUCUUAGUUCCUUGUUUAGCUCUGUAAAAAUUGGCAUACUUAAAUAGCAAAUUACUUGAAGAAUUUGCCUGCUUUAUAUAAAGUUAGCACUUUAAAAUUGUUUUAGAAAUGAAAAGAGACAUUUAAAUUGAAGAGAAGUUCUGCCAACAAUGGACAGUGUAUCAGCCCAGGUAUUUACUUCCUGAGUUUUGAUCAAUACAUAUUUCUUAUUUGUGUAUAUGUUAAUUGUCAUAAAAACAUUGAUUUUGGUGUGUUUUUUUAUUUGGUGCUUUAAUAGCUUAAGAUGUUGCACAUUGUUUUUUAAUCUAUGCAGUUACAUUUUUUUCUAGAACUAGCAUUUUUGUUGAACAGUAACACUUUAUACAUAUAUUUGCAUUUUAUUUUUUCCUCUUUGGAGGGAUGCUUUUAAUCUUGUUUGCAAAAGGGCAGUUUUCUUUUUUCCUUUGCUGCAAUUGUCGUUUUUGCAGAAUAUUAAUGUGUGCAAAUUUCUGAGCAAAUGAAACAUGCAGGUUAAAUUCAUUGAUUUUGAUAUUCAUAUCUAUGCCAGAAUCUGCAUUUCAUAAGUUAUUUAUUUUAAAUGCGUAUAAUGAAUUCAUAGCUCUCAGUUUGAACUUUACAAUAAAUAAGCCACUAGGUCUAUACUGAAUGGAUUUUUUUUUUUCUGAAUGGAUUUUUAUCUCAAAUACCAACCAUAAGUAAACUUUUGGCCUGUCUUAGUACAUCUACUUCCUAAAUGUACAGUGUUAAAUCGUAUUUUAGAGGGAAACCUCUUUCAUAGAUGGUUGGUGUUUUUAUGUCUACUCCGCUGAAUAAAGAACUGUAAUUUUUAUUUGGAAACUGCAAAUCUGGAAUUAGGAGGCAUAAUUUACUCCUUCAAGUUAUACAGAAUAUCAGUUUGUGAGAUUCCAAAGCCAUAGCGAUUUUACAGAAAACCUAUGAUGAGAAAGGUAGUAUGAGUGCUGGUAGACCAGCUGCUACUUCCUGUGAAUACAGUGAAAAAGGCUGGUGAAAGUUAAAUUCAGUCCAGAUUUAAAAAAUCACACUUUCUCAGGGAUCUCCACCAACUAGUGGGUGUCCUAGCUGUUCCUGUGACUGCCUUUUUCUACAGGCGAGGACUCAAAUGAGCUGCAGCUAUUCUCGUGUUCCUGUGGGGCACUUUGUAUGGAAGAGUAUGUACUUCCAAACUUUGUUGGUAGGUUCUUUGGCCAGUCACCAAAGAAUAUGAAAGAAUCCAGUAAAGGAUUUUUCUUGUUGACAGCAGUUAUUCAUUGUAGUCCAAUAAAGUAUGAUCCCCAUAGGGAACCCUGAACAAUUCCAGUUCUCCCAUGUUCUAUUCUGAAAUAACCACUUUAUAUUUCAUUGAUUUUCUUCUGUCUGAUGACCUCUGAAGCAGGUUUCAGAGUUUGGCAAUGCAACAGGAAAGAUUAGGAAAAGUAUUGAAGUAUGGGUGGAAAACUUGUUAAAAUUCUGAGAAGUCCAAGUUAAAAGACAUUUGAACUUGGAAUUGACUGGGAGGCCAAAGAUUUAAAGAAGCGGAAGAUUCUCUCAAGACAUGAGGAGUAAGUUGUGUUACUGGUGUGUGUUUUGUGUGCACGUUGGGGAUUUGUAAAUGAUGUUGAAUUCUAAGCUCCGACAAUCAUUGUCAAUGGAAGAUUAAGCUGCAAAUAUUUAUGUUUUAAAACUUAAAUUAUAAGGCUAGUUAAAUCUAACAACUAUUUUUUAAUAUUCAUGGGUACAUUUUAUAUAAGUUACCUUUUACAGUAUACAUGAAAAGAUUCAUGUUAAGUACAAAUUACAGAUUGGGAAUCAGUUUUGGGAAGAGGUUUUGUGGAUUCUUUUGAUACUUCAAAAGAAAAAAAUCUGACUUCUGGGGAAUUGGACUAAUUUUCUUGUCUAGAUUUUAAGACUAGAAUGCCAAAAACAAAAAUGUGAAGGAAAUUAAAACUCCUUAUUAUGAAAAUGAUCUGUGAAAACAUUGUUACUGGAAAUUGAAUGAACUUGAGGCCUUUCUUCCAGAAAACAAGGACUUGAUUGUCAGGCCUAUAUUAGGUUCUGAACCUUAAUGCCAUGUAUUUGUUCUUAUUAAAAAUUGUUUCAAUGAAAAGUGCAUUAGUAAUAAGAACUUCUGGUCUAGUUGGGAGUUCUUCCAUUUGAAAAAUGUGAUAUUUGCAUGGAACUGUUUGAAUCUUUUUAUUUUCUCAGUAUACCCUCCACUGGAUAGGAUUGAAGCUAGAAUUUUCCCUUUUGAUAAAGGAAUGAAAAGUGAACAUGUUAUUUGUAGAUUGAUGUUUAGUACUAGAGCAAAAGUUGAAAUAUUAGAAUAUAAGCCUAGUCCUUGGUAGUCUUAUAAAAAUAUAUCUUUUAACUAUCUUCUGAACCUAUAUUCACAUUGGUUUUCAAGGUAUUUUAAGUUAUAUUUUCUUCCUCUUUUCAGAGCUGCUUCUAUGGGGCUGCCUUUUUUUCUUUUUUAAAGUUAAAUUGAGGUGUCAUUCACAAAGGGCUGCAUUUUUUGUUAAGGUUUCUUAUGACUAUGGCUGGGUGUUUUACUCUGAUCUCCCAAGAAGGGCCAUUUUAUCUUUGUCAUGACUUUAGAUUCCCUCUAGAGUCACUUCUAAAGUCAUGUGGUCUUUAACUUUGGGAACUAUUUCUCAUCUGAGUGCUAAUUCAGAUUUAAGCUUGAGUCAUCGCCUAUCACCCCAUGAAUGUUGACAGUGGAAGGAAUACCUUUCCUGUAGUUUCAGUUCUAGACUGAAAACCUGGGGGAAGAAACUUCAUUUUCUUUUUUGCACAAAUCAGAAAAACAGCUACUGUGCAGUUUCCUUGUUGACCUCAGCAGAUGAACUGGACUGGUAGUGUUAAUUCAGAUUUAAGAAAUUAUCUGAAUCUUGAUUUGAGUAAACUUGUGAUCUACAUGCAAUAUUAACUAGAUUGGAUUGCUUUUAUAUUUUCACACGUACACAUAGGCUCUCCCCACCCUCAUCAACAUCCAUUAGUUAUCGAACUUUGUGAACUGGCAUUGAAACAUUACAACAAUGUUUUGUUGCACCAAUUUUAUAAACUUUUACAGUGCAAUACGUGUUAUUUUUCAGAGACAAACCAAAGUUUAAUUUCUCAAGGUUCAUGCUGUUUGCUUUAGCAGCAUUUGAUGGUGGAUCUUUUAUAUACAUUUGUAAUAGAUGGAAAAAUAAACCAGAUUGCAAAUGCUUUUUCUUUCUUUUUUAAAGCAAACCAUGUACCAAGUUUUUUGGUCCAAAUUGUGUAGGAUAAGUUAAAUUGCGUUCUAAUAACCAAUAUGAGUGUAUUUCUGUAAGUAUAGUUAUGUUGAAAUAAAGUUUUA